ACCACGCCGUCCACGUGCGCCUUGCAGUCUCUCCAUUUCUCGCUAAGAUCUCCAGCCUCACCGCGGCUCGAAAUGGACCCCAACUGCUCCUGCGCCACUGAUGUCUCCUGCGCUUGCGCUGGCUCCUGCAAAUGCAAAGAGUGCAAAUGCACCUCCUGCAAGAAGAGCUGCUGCUCCUGCUGCCCUGUGGGCUGUGCCAAGUGUGCCCAGGGCUGCAUCUGCAAAGGGGCGUUGGAGAAGUGCAGCUGCUGUGCCUGAUGUGGGGACAGCUCUGCUCCCAGAUGUAAAUAGAGCAAACUUUACAACCUGGAUUUUUUUUUUUUAAUACAACCCUGAGUCAUUUUCUGCAUGUCUUUUUAUAUUAAAUAUGUGAAUGGCAAUAAAAGAAUUUUGACUUGAAUCUU